AAAAAAAACAGAGCAUAUUCUUCUUCCAGCGGACAACAGCCAGCAAUGCACAGGUAAACCUAACAAUCUCUUCCCCUCUCCUCUCCUGAAGAAGCCGCGAAGCGUCAAGGAGAUCCCGCGCCCAACCACCGCUUCGUUGCCUCUCGCCUGCUGGCUCUUCUCUCUCUGUCUCUCCCCCCGGUGACCCCUCAGAUCUCGGCGUCGUCGGAGGGGAGCGGAGAGGGGGAGCGAAGAUGUUCUAUGGGGCGAUGGUGUGGGACCCGUGGCUGAUCGUGUCGCAGAUCGUAUGCCUGCAGUGCCUCUACUACCUCGGCCUCGGCCUCGCCAUGGCGCUCCUCGUCGGCACCCGGGUCCCGCGCCUCACCCUCCUCUACCUCUUCGACUUCGGCACACUCACCCCGCGCACCCCGACCGGGUGGUGCGCCAUCGCCUCCUUCCUCCUCGCAGCCGUCGCAGGUGCUGGGUUCAUGAUUUAUGUAAUUGAGAGAGCCAAGAAGUGCCUGGACUUUGCAGCAACCCUCUACAUAAUCCAUCUCUUCAUUUGCAUUGUUUAUGGUGGAUGGCCAGCUUCAAUUACGUGGUGGGUUGUUAAUAUCACUGGUUUGGCGAUUAUGGCUCUCCUUGGUGAAUACCUAUGCAUCCGGCGGGAGUUGAAAGAAAUUCCAAUAUCACGGCUUCGUGCAAGUGUUUAAUCUCACACACUAAAAGAGUAUAGAUGGUUUCGGAUGGUUACCCCAAGAGGUGCUUGUUAAUAUGUUUCUUUAGGAAUACAAAGACUCGCAAUGAAUGCUUUGUUCUGUGAUUUGCAACCGAUACUCAAACUUGCAAAGAGUUUGUUCUCCCAGUAGGCCAUCAUAGAGAAACUGAUAGGCUUCUGAGUUUCCAGCAAUGUAAAUGGCAGCUCAGUUUCUAAAGCAUACAUUAAAGUCCUCCCUUUUCAAUGGACAGUGUUCUUUAAGUGACAAUAGGUAUCAAUUUGUAUGACUAGAUAUCAACAGCUUGGAACUGUAUUCUUUCGUGAGAUCGAUGAUAACACAUGCAGACACCAAUGGUUUCUUGUUUAGAUAUGAUGCAAAUAAUAUAUCUAGUGUUUUCUGUUCA